AUUUCCUUUUUCACACAUGUAUGUAUAUAUGUGUACUCAUACAUCUACCUCGCCAUUCUUUCUACUGCAAAAUUGGGAAUGAAAUAUAGUAAAAAUUGAAGCUUGAAUAAAUCUCACCAUUCUUUCUAGACUCAGCUUCGCGAAGUUCAUCUUUCUUAGAAAUGGAGUCACUCCCUGAUGCCCUAGUCCAGUCCAUUUUGUCCCUGAUUAGUAAUUCCAAGGAUGUGGCGUCGUGCAAUUGUGUUUCGAAGAGAUGGAAGGAUUCAAUGCCUUACCUGAGGAGCCUUUUCUUUUCUCGGAAUAUCUUUGACAACCUAACCAAUGGAGACACUCCUGAUGAUGCAGUGUUGCGACUUGUGUCUUCAGUUGUUAAGCUCGAGGAGCUUGUUGUUUACUGCCCGUUCUCAGGCUCCGGACUUGCAUCCUGGCUGUCUGUGGCAGGUGCUUCGUUGAAGAGCCUUGAGCUGAGGUUGGAUAACAUAACUGAGCACGAUACCUACACUGAGAUUCCCUCAAAGUUGGAUUGCAUUAGUGCCGCCUGGAACUUGGAGUCGCUUAAGCUUUGGGGUGUGCUGAUGGUUUAUUCGCCCAAAUGGGAUGUUUUCCAUCGGCUGAAGAAUCUUGAGAUAGUCGGUGCGAGGUUGGAGGAGCACGCACUUUAUGAUGCUCUUCGUGCUUGUCCGAAUCUGACCCACUUGUUACUUCUCGGGUGUGAAGGAUUGAGGUCUGUCUCGAUACAAAAUCCUUAUCUUGAGCACUGCAAGCUUGAUUUUUUUGGGGUGGGAAACUGCUCACUUACUGUUGAUUCAUCGAAGCUUCAAUCACUUGAAGUGCAAGGUUGUAGCUUGAUUAGAGUUUGUGAAACUCGAUGCUUGAAAAAUCUGUCCAUCUCCAACAAUGCAGGGAGAGUUUAUAUGGUCGAUUUUGGGAAACUCGUGGCACUGGAAACGUUGUCAAUCCGAGGAGUGCAAUGGUGUUGGGAUGCUAUAAGCAAAUUGCUUCAGAUGGCAAGUGAAGUGAAGCAUCUCUACAUGAAGGUGGAAUUCACCGGGGACUCUGACACACUUUUGCCCUUUCCGGAGAUUGAUUUUGUCGACUUCUUCAACAGUCAUCCGAAGUUGCAAACCUUUGACAUUCACGGUGCAAUGUUUGCUGCUAUCUGUCAAAAGAAUAGCCUCAGAAAUGUGGACUCGAGGUUUCAAAUUCCGUGUCUUGAGAAGGUUGUAGUCACAGUAAGAUCUCCGUUGAAUGCGGAGCAGAAGAUGAGCACCUUGGAUUCGUUGAUAAAGUACGCGAAGAAUUUGAGGAAGAUGACGAUAAAGAUUCUUCAGAUGAAGAGCAGCCACAGCAGUGCUGAUGAUUUCUUUGAAGACAUUUGCAGGUUUAGCUACAUGAAUCGCAAGAUUGUCUCAAUAGAAUAAACCAUUUUGUAUGAGCUAAUUCCCUUUUUUUUGUUCUUCCUCUUUCUCAGUGGAAUAAUUUUGUUGACUAUGGUUUUUUGACAUUCUCAUCUACUAUCAUUUUUAAUGUCACAGUUGACAUAUUGUGUUGUUCUA